AUGUCUCCCAACCGUCAAGAGAUGCGCAACGAUGCGCUAUCGCGGAUAGGACUUCCCAUAAUUCCAGUCGAUCCGACUCCUCAAGUUUCCGAAUGGAACGACGACGAGACGACGCUCGUCACAUCGGCCAGCCUAUCCUUCUCAACCUUCUCCAUCGACGACACAGUUGUGGAUAAUGAUUUUUACCCUGAUCCCCUAUUCCGGGAGGAAUUAGCCGAAUUUCUUAAUCACAAUUUCGGGAAUUAUAGAGAAGCAGACUGCAGGGAGAAAACCGUCAAGGGCGUCCAACAAGUGGUCGCGGCAGCAGGAUGUACCAUUGGAUACUAUCUCAUGUACGUUAAUGCCUGA